AUGGUUACUGUAGUAUCAGUAUCACUUGUAUCAUUUUGCUUUUUGCGACCAUUAAAAAGCAAACAUGCAAAAGAAGUGGCAGUCGAGAUUACUGAGAUAUUUUUAGAAGUUGGCUGUCCACAUAUUCUUCAAAGUGAUAAUGGACGUACGACAAAUCCGAAAAGAGCCGUGAGGGAAACCGAUUUAGUUAUAGAAGCUAUACACGAAGAUUUCGACGAAAAACGAAAUUUAUUCAAACUAAUAGACAAAUCGGCUCCGGAAGAUACGAUAUUCGCUACGACUACGAAUUCGUUAACGAUAGGCGGUUUCGCGCAAAAAUCGACUAGAGUUGAAAGAUUCGUCGGGAUCCAUUUCUUCUAUCCGGUACCAGAAACUAAAUUGGUGGAAAUUAUUAAAGUUUCGAUUACAAAUAAAAAUACUGUGGACGCUAUCAGUGCGUGGUGUAAAAAUAUCGGAAAGAUACCGGUAAUAUGUAACGAUUCGGCCGGUUUUAUAGUGAACAGACUUCUUCUUUCUUAUAUAACGGAAGCCAUUAGAAUGAUGGAGAGAGCGGAUGCGUCGGCGCACGACAUAGACACGGCUAUGAAGUUAGCUACAGGUAGUCCGAUCGGACCUAUUCAAUUGGCUGAUUACAUGGGACAUGACAAUAUAUUGCAACUAAUGGAAAAUUGGAGGUCGAGGGAACCGGAAAAUCGACUUUUCGCGCCAUGCGUAUCGCAAAAAUAUUUAGUACAACGCGGUAUGUUGGGCGUUAAAAGCGGUCAAGGUUAUUACAAAUAUAACGACUUGAAAUAUUGGGUGACCACAUUUUCGCACAAAUUCAAAAAUAAAAGUGAUUGGUUGAGGCAGUAUCAGAUAUGGAGGAGGGCCGCGGAAAAACGGCGCGCCAACAAUUAA